AUGCGUCGCGAUUUCCGGGAUGACAAAGCUCAGUAUUAUGUGCCGAGAAGGCAAUCUUCUCCGGUAGGAUUAAGGAGACGCAGUCGACGCACGGUUCUCCUUGGGGUUGCCGUCUGCUUUCUCGUUCUUUACAAGUUUCUUUUGCCGCGACGUGACGGGAUUGACGUCCAUUCACAAGGCACCAACGAUACAUCGAUCUCUGGAAUACCCUCUGCACAGCAAAUUUCGCAAGGCGCCGAAACACCAAUAUGUCGGGAAUCACCAAUCGCAAACGAUGUCUUGGUAGUUCUUCGAACAGGCGCAACGGAAGCUCUCGAGAAGCUACCCGUUCACUUCGAAACAACACUUCGUUGCGUCCCAGACUACAUUGUCUACUCUGAUAUGGAGGAGGAGAUCCAAGGCCACCAGGUCUAUGAUGUUUUUGAAGGAAUCAGCGACGAGCUCAAGGCUUCAGCACCAGAGUUCAAGCUCAACGACCAUCUCCGGACACACGGCAGGGAGGGCUUGAAGAACACGACGCACCUUGGAAGUGGACCAGGCGGAGCGCUGGAUAAUCCCUCAUGGAAACUUGAUCGCUUCAAAUUUCUCCCUAUGGUUGACAAGGCUCUCAAGUACCGGCCGAAUGCGAAGUGGUUCGUGUUCAUAGAAGCAGACACUUAUAUGGUCUGGCAGAAUCUGCUCGAAUAUCUGAGCCAGUUCGACCAUGAUCAGCCAUUGUAUAUCGGUAAACACAUGUACGUCGGACAAACCGUGUUCGCUCACGGCGGAUCUGGGUUUGUUUUGUCCUCCGCUGCCAUACGCAAAGUAACUGAACGACGAAAUGCCAACCUCGCCGAAUAUGACGAAUUCACAACCAAGAGCUGGGCGGGCGAUAUGGUACUAGCCCAGGCCCUGAAAGAAGUCAACAUAGACUUAUUCUGGGCUUUUCCCCAUUUCCAAGGCGAUCCAGUAUCAUCACUCGACCACAACGUCUCAAAGCUUGACAAAACACCUUGGUGUUACGCGCCCAUUACCUACCACCAUAUGCGUCCAACAAACAUACAAGACCUAUGGAACUUCGAGCAGACCCGCCAGCAAAUUGGCAGAACCCGACUCCUCCACCGCGACGUUUUCAAAGAGUACAUCCUCCCCGAACUCUACGCCGAAGUCAAUGACUGGGACAACCUAUCCAUGGAUGUAGAAUCCGACGACACGGGCCCAUUCGAGGCAUGUAAACUACUCUGCGAAUCCAAACCAACCUGUCUCCAAUUCUCCUACGCCGCUGGGAAAUGCUCGACAUCUACAAAAGUGGUGCUCGGUGAGAGUGCCAAGACGCGGUGUAUAGAGUAUUCUAUUGCAGCGAGUAAGUGCAUUCGCUGGCAGGAGGGUACACAGUUUGCUGGCUCGAUUCAAUCUGGGUGGAUAAUGGACCGACUUGAGCAAUAUGUGGCGGACAUGGAUAGUACGUGUGGUGGGGACGAGGAGGUGAGGUGGGUCGUUUGA